CUCAGCCACUGUAUCGCAUUAAAUGUCAAAAGUACCGCGUGUAUUUUUAGCGCACGCGGCCAUUUAUACUGUCAGUGACCGAGGACGCACGACGAUCGAUCCCAGUUUCAGAGCACCUGUGUGUUUUUACACGACAUGGUUGUGUUCAGGGUUGGUGUCAUUCUGACCCCAGAGCGUUUGGAUCUCGAGGUGUUUGUAGUGGGCUCUCGGCCGGAGAUGGGACACUGGGAUCCGGACCGAGGUGUGAAGAUGAGUCCGAGCCGCUCGGUCCUGUCCCCCGAUGAACCGUGUCUGUGGACCGGGGACGUGCGUCUCUCCGAGCCGCCUACAGAUGAGCUGUGCUUCAAGUUUAUAAAGCGUGUGGAUGGCAACUACAUUUGGGAAGGCAGUGGGCCGCAUCAUGACCGACACUGCUUGUAUGAUGACAGAAACAUGGUGGACGGGAUAUACUGCCAUCCGAUUGGUCACUGGAUCGAAGAGACCGGCCACACAGAUGAGAUGAAACACACUACCAACUUCUACUUCAGCAUAGCAGGACAGCAGGCCAUUCACUUCUCCCAGGUGCUGCCACAUGUCUGGUUGGGCAGCUGCCCUCGACGGGUCGAACAUGUGACCCUGAAGCUGAAACAAGAACUGGGUGUUACAGCAGUGAUGAACUUUCAGACUGAUUGGGACGUCGUAAACAACUCCCAUGGCUGCCGGCGUGACCUCAGUCAGCCCAUGACCCCAGAGACCAUGACGCACCUGUACAAAGACUACGGCCUUUCGUACAUCUGGAUCCCCACUCCAGACAUGAGCACAGAAGGUCGCACACAGAUGCUGCCGCAGGCCGUGUUCUUGCUCUAUGGACUGCUGGAGAACGGUCACACGGUGUAUGUUCACUGUAACGCAGGAGUGGGUCGUUCCACUGCGGCCGUGUGUGGACUCCUGAUGUAUGUGUUAGGCUGGAGACUCAGGAAAGUGCAGUACUACCUCACUGCCAGAAGGGCGGCAGUCUAUAUAGAUGAAGAAGCACUGGUGAGGGCUGAAAAUGACUUUCAUAUGAAGUUUGGACGACUCCGUCCAUCUGUCUGCAAUCCAGAGACAUAAGAACAGCGCCCUCUACUGGAUGGGAGGACAAGGGUACUUCAGUUUAAUACUGUCAAAGAAGUUAACACAAUUAAAAGAAAUUUCAAUAUUGUCACAGAUUGAGUACUAAUUAUCCAGUGUUUUAAAGAAUACUGCAAUAUGUUGUUUGUACACUGCCAUCUGCCGUUCAAAGGUUUGGGAUCAGUUAGAUUUUGGACAUUUUCGUAUGAUUUUUCUUCUGCUCAUCAAGGCUGUAUCUAUUUAAUAAAAAAUACAGAAACAAACUAUACAUUUGUGGUAUAUUACUGUAAUUUAAAACAACAGUUUUCUGUUUUAAUAUACUCUAAAAUAAAAUGUAUUGCUGUGAUCAAAGCUGAUGUUUCAGCAUCAUUACUCCAGUCUUCACUGUCACAUGAUCCUUUAGGAAAUCAUGCUAUAUAUGAUAUAUAAUAUGAUG